AGUUGAGCAUAAACUUGCCAAAAUUGAAACUACAUGUAUGUUCAUUGACCAAAAUAGUUGGUUAACCUUUCUUUUCUGGGGACUUUAUGUACCAAAUAACAAACUAUAAGCUAACCCAAUUAUUCAAGUACCACCGUCCCUAGACUUCAGUCUCUUUAAGAGAAUGUCCCACUCCGACAAUGAUCUAAUACCCUCUAGCCCCAACAGUUUCAACCUAAAACCUACCGCAUCGACAUGCCACCGAAGCAACACAGGUUCGAUUUCAAUACGUGUGCGAAUCCCAUUGGCUAAGAGAUGUCAAGUGCAGCAUUGUUGAAAGAACGCAAUGCAGACAAUCCUAGACUUCUUUAAAAAGCCGUUGACGGAAAAGCAAAAAGACGUGCUCGCGCCAAUUGUCACGUAAUUCCCGCCUCUUUCACCGCAAGUCAUUCGCCAGAAGAAUCAAUAAACAAAACAAAAACAUAGCCAUCAAUCGUGGUCGAGUCUCCAUCAGUCCAUCGGUCCAUCAAAUCCACCGCCGAAGUCUUAUAGAAUAAUAUACAACAAAAAAGAAAAAACAAGCAUAAAAGUAUAACCAAGUCUCUCUUUCGCUUUUGUUCCAUGCCCUUUGUUUUCAUACGUAUAUCUGCAUUUGAUUCGGAUCGAGGAUCCACCUGAAGACGAGGAAGUAGUACUGCCUCAAAAGAUGGAUCCAAUCACACGUAUACCCUAGUCACAGAUCAUAGCAGUAAGAAACAAAGAGGUUUUGAUUGAUUCAACCAGCAAAAACAGAUCGCUUUCUUCAUCUCUGAUCCAAUCCCAUGAUCAACAAGUAGUACAGAGAUUCUAUGAUCGACCGAAACAACAGCCCAGAAUUGAAAUUCUCAUUUUCAUUCAGCAAUCGUCUGGUAAACUCGGUUAGUGUUUGAUCUAUUAUAGCUUGGUUGGAAUAAUAUUAUUGUUGGUGAUGAGCAACAAGCAGCCAGUGAAGCUAGACGACGACCAAAUCGCCGACCUCCGCGAGAUAUUCCGGUCGUUUGACCGGAACAACGACGGCAGCCUGACCCAGCUGGAGCUGGGCUCGCUGUUACGUUCACUUGGGCUGAAGCCGGGACCGGAGCAGCUGGAUUCCUUGAUCCAGAAGGCAGACACUAACAGCAAUGGCCUGGUGGAGUUCUCGGAGUUCGUGGCGCUGGUGGCGCCGGAGCUGCUCUCGGCUAAGUCCCCCUACACGGAGGACCAGCUGAGGCAGCUGUUCAGGAUGUUUGAUAGGGAUGGCAACGGGUAUAUCACCGCGGCGGAGUUGGCUCACUCCAUGGCCAAAUUGGGGCAUGCGCUCACGGCAGAGGAGCUCACGGGGAUGAUCAGGGAGGCAGAUACUGACGGUGAUGGGAGGAUCAAUUUUCAGGAGUUUGCUCACGCUAUCACUUCUGCUGCUUUUGAUAAUUCUUGGGCUUGACUAAUUGAUCAUCAAGGCUUGUUUGGGAGCUGUUAUUCAUUUUUCUUUGGUUUCAGGUUAGACAAGUCUCCUAGAAUAUAUGAGUCACUACAAGAUUGCUCUCUUUUCCAGCAAUUCCAUUCAACUGCGCUACAAGUACUUGAUUAUGCAGGGAUUUCUUUUUGUUUCAAAAUCUCGUUGUUUAUGAUAAAUGUGGCAUUUUAUCCUUCUCAAAAUCUUAAAUAGAACAUUCGGUACUCGGUAGUCAAUCAGAAAGUUUGUUGGAAUUUCCUUCGUGUUGAAUAGAUUAAGAUGUGCUUUAAAUAUUCCUAGUUAGGCUGUGAAGUUUUCAGUUUGUCUGAUUUCUUGGGCAUUUUGGAGAACAAUGGUUAUGUUGUGAAGUUGAGAUUAUAGUUUAUCCACGUACAUUUCCUUA